AUGGCAGCCUCCCUGCUACACUACACCGCCCCCCAAACUUGCGGAUCAGCAGGGCUUGCGGGUCACGGGGAGUCGGCCCCGGCGGCGUGGCUGGGGUCUGAGGCUGAGUCUUCCCAGGGACACAAAAGGCAAGGAUGCGAGGAGAGGGAGACGGCGACAAAGAUGCGGGGUAGGGAAGAGACACGGGCCGGGGCGCUGCUACCGGUGCGGGCGGCGGUCAAAGCCGGCGUCUGUCAGGGGGGCAGCGGGCGCCGCUCUCAUCCGGGGACUCGCGGGGCGUGGGAGGCGGGGGCGGCCUGCGCCCGGCAGGCCCAUUUGAAUAUCAGGCUCUGCCACACUCGGGGCGCCGCUGACAACUUCAUUACCUCCGCGGAUAAAAAUGACUGCGGGCGAAUGCAAAUGGCGAGCCCGGUUUAUUUAGGGCUCUGGGGAGACUCCAGGGGAGAGGGGACAACUAACGUGUGCGGUGCGGGUGCAGAUAAAACGUUCGGAACGCGUGGGCUUCGCCCCAGCUCCAUCGCGACCCCGGAGCGCUCCCGGGCCCCUACAGGCCUCAACCACACCCUAGCCGGCGGCGCGUCUUCGCCCUCUCUUAGGCCCGGCAGCGGGGUCGAGGGCGCAGCGCCGCGCGAGCUUCUGCAGAACAAAGACGGUCCAGCCCUAGAGUGA